UCCACCUCCAAUCUCGCAGCGCCCAUUCGCCGCCGACCAUCGGCGAGAUGCGAGGCGAUCGAUUUCGACCCGGAGGAGCACCAGCAUAUCCGCCAGCCUUGGACCGAACGAUUCGUCCUCAGCCGAUUCGCCGGAGGUGGAACAUGCCUCUGAUCCGGCAGGUUCCGUUCGAACGUCGCUGAGCGCAACAGAGUUUCCACCGCGCAACAUGAACGCAUCCAUGGGAUUAUUGCUCGCGGUCGGAUCGCUGCUGAUCGUACGCACCACCGCCACCGCCGAACUCCAAGGAGUCAAGUGCGGGGAUUAUCUGUGCGAUACCUCCCAAUACUGCAGCUCCCACAGCAAAGAUUGCCAACCGUGCAGCUCCGUGUGCAACAUUUCCAGCGGCAAAUACGACGAGGAAGAAUGCAUGACCGACUGUCGAGAUUACCUGCGCGACAAGCGAUACGUUCUCCUCAAGCAAUACGAAAAGUUGCGAGGAGAGGUCGGAAAAUUGUGGAUUCUAGCCGGGAUAUCGACCGCGAUCGCCUUGCUGUCGCUGCUAUCGACCCUCUACCUGUUCGCGAGCAAGUUCACACGAUGGCAAAAGAUGCGGGACGCGACAGCACGGUCUUUCGCUGGCAAGUGGGUAAAGAGAACGGCCGACGGUGGCAGCACCGGCGGCAGCGGCAACGGCAACAGCAGCAGCAACAACAACAACAACAACAACAACACCAACACCAAGAAUAAUCAAGAAAAACAACGGAGGGCGCAAAACGACGUAGAAUCGGGCACGUCGAAACACAACGGGCUAAAGUUGACGAUGCCGACGAUCAGCGCGAGCGUCGCUCCGUCCCGACACGUGGAGAACGGAAGCGCGACCAGCAGCGGCAGUCGGAGCGGAAUCGAAAACGCGACGCCAAACACCAGCAGCACCACUCUCUCUCGAAGGCAUCCCAGCGAGGACACCACCCUCGACUAUGCGUACGACAAUCCGGCGAUGACACCGAGCCCGGAAUCCGUUCAACUCCGUACCAAACGCGAGAGUUCCUUCUGAGAGAUCCAGACUGUACAUAGUAUAUAAAGAGAGAGAGAGACUAAUCUUAAGUACACUUAACCGCGCGUGCGAAAAAUCACGCGACACUCUACAGACCACCCUUAUCAGCCAUUCCGUCCAUGAAAGGCCUUAGCUAGCGAACGCCCGCUCGCAACGAGGUCGGGCUUCGCAUAGGUCAGCGACGGCACGCGCGACCGAUAAUUCGGAGGUCGGAGAAGCUCAAUUCUCUAAUGCUC